AUGACAAGGAGUGAUGCUAUGAUUCAUAAGCAAGCUGCAUCAAUCAAGAUUUUGGAGACCCAAGUAGGUCAAUUGGCAGAAGCACAUAGAAGCAAACCUCAAGGAGCCUUGCCAAGCAACACUGAAGUCCCAAAGAAGAAUGGAGAAGAACAGGUCAAUGCUAUAUCAUUACGGAGUGGUAAAGCCAUAGAUGAACCAGAAGUCAUAAAGAACUACCAUGAGCAGAAGCAGAAAGCAUUGAAUCAGAAUAAAGAAGAUAAAGUUGCUGAAGAGGUGGAAAAUCAUGAUCAACCCAAAGAACCCCAAGUUGCUGGCACUGAGAAUAUUGCUAUCGUUCCAAGUAUUAACCUUAUGCCUAAAAGUAUUUUCAGGAAGCUUGAAAUAGGAGAAGCACGUCCAACCACUGUCACGUUAUUGAUGGUUGAUAGAUCAUUGACUUAUCCAGAAGGAAAAUUUGAAGAUGUGUUGGUAAGAGUGGAUAAGUUCAUUUUUCCUGCUGACUUUAUUGUUCUUGACUUUGAAGCAGAUAGGGAAGUGCCCAUCAUUUUGGGAAGAGCAUUCUUAGCCACCGGAUGA